AAUUAACCUUUUCUCCUCUUCUGAUUUACCGUCGGCAAAAAAAAUCUGCAUAUCUAAUGCCUACCUCUUUUCUUAAAACUUCAAUUCACCGUUUUAAGUAGCAGCUCAUUCUCUAAUCGAACCAUUUCCGUCGGAUCCAUCGCUUUCCGAAGGUUUGGAAGUGGACAACAACAAGUCAAGAACAAUGUCGCAGCUACUAAUUGUGUGACUAAGAAACGAACAUAACCUGAGUCGCACUCUCAGGUCGCUGGUCGCGGGUCGCUGCGACCGGGAAAAGAACAGGACCGUCAUUACCACUUUCGUUCUGUAUUUGUGUUUCGAAAGCUCUAGGUAUUUUCGCUUCUGGAUUUGAAGCUGGAGUUCAAGCCGCCAUAAUAUUCUCUCAUCUGUUUCGUCUCUUUAGUAAUAACGAAAAGAACUGAGCAAGAACGCGGAGAGAUGGGGAAACGGGGAGGAGCUAACAAGCUUACAAAAGCUCAAGGAGGACCUAAUCUCAAGUCUGUGCUCAGACACGAGCACUUGAAGAAUCUCGCUCUCUGGUCUACCGGCGGAGAUUCUCCCAUCCCGUCCUUAGCUACUUUCUUCGGUCGGCGUCUCGCAGCCGAUGGACAAGCUUCCGACAUUCCUCACGAUCCUGACCUCUUCUCUUGUCAAAGGUGUGAGACUGUUCUUCAGCCUGGCUUCAAUUGUAAUGUUAGAAUCGACAAGGUUUCGGCUAAUAAGAAGAAACACAUGAGGAGAAGGUACAAGAAGAAGCCUAACAUGUUUCUGCCUCAGAACAAUGUAGUUUACUACUGCAACUUGUGUUCUCACCGUAAUCUCAAGAGAGGUACUACAAAAGGUCAGAUGAAAGACAUGUACCCGCCCAAGCCGAAAACAACUCGUCCACGUCCCAAGAUUGAUAAAGAGGUGACGGUGGUGGUAGCGCCUCAAGAAAUCCAACUUCCUUGUUCACCUGAAAGAAGAGUUGAGAAUGUUAGUGUUGUGGUGAAUACACCAAGGCCAAUGCUUACACUGGAGAGAGAGAAGAGAAUAAGGAAAUCCAAAAGUAAGAAACCAGUUGAGCCGGAAAGUGUUCCUGAGAAAAAAGCAACAGUUGGUGGUGUUGGUGGAGGAUCGAAUAAGAGGAAGAGAAAAGCAUGGACAAGUAUGAAGGAGUUGUCUGAGACUACUACAACAAACAAGGGUUCCAGUUCUGUAAACUUUAAAAUACCCCUUCUCUUGUGAUUUUCUUCUAUGUGAUAUCUGACCCAACACUAAGUGAAGUUUUUCGAAUUAGCCCUAUCUUGUCUUUGUUUUCAUCUUCUACAUCUAUAUUUGUUACUUUUAUUUUUAGUGUAAA